AGGAGGGGAUUCUGCUGGGCAUCCCCUCCUUUUUCUUCGAUCCCAGACUCCUUCCUUCUCAUGUAUUUGAAUUUAUAAAGAUCUGGUGAGCUAACACCUUUCGAAGGGGUUAUAGGCCUUAGAAACGUGUUCUAGAGAGAGAUAUUUGAGCGUAAGCUGUUGAUUGUGGUAACAAUUUUUGGAGAAAAUCGCUGCAUUUGCUUGUUGCUAGAAGCAUAAAGAGGGAUUACCAGAGAUCAUUGUUUCUAAGUAGCAGUGUUAUGUAUGUUACUACUAGAUUUAAGAGCUACAGGAGAAGCUCAGUUAAGACGAGUUGGAAACACUGUUAGGACUUCCAUUUCUGGAUUGCGCCAGGAGGCAGUGUUUUUCUCAUUGAAGUGUCUUGAGCUUGCUAGUGUCAAUGCUGAUUAAAUUGGUAAAGGGAAUUAGGCACAUACACUUUUGGUGGAACAGAGACGUAUUGAUCCUCUAUGGCCAUCUUAGCACAAUGAGCGGCUUCUCAGAGUUCAUUCUGGGAUUCACUAUAUAACGCCCUUCUGCGGUCAGGCCAACAGACAUCCAUCAGCUGUAGCAAAGACCCGUCUUUGAGGUUCAUCUGGGUCAAUAUAAGCGGUAUCUUUGAUGUCAGGAAGACCUUAACAAGGAUUGUUCGAGCAGGGUUUGAGCGAUCAGCAUCCUUACCUGUGACUGCAUUAGGACUGAAUCUAGGUGCUGUGAGUCGUUUUGGAAAUGGUCAGGAUUUGGAGUUGCAGGACCCUACUCUCCCCCGUGCACUCAUCUGAUGGAGUGGCAAAAUCAACUUCUUGUUUCUACCAUCAGAAUCCUCAUGCCCGAAUUAGGUGUAUCACAUUUUUCACUGUUGAAACCAAAUGGAAGGACGCUGGUCUGGAGCUGAUGCACAGCUUGGUGGUGACUGAGGUAAAUCUCAAUUGAAUAUUGAUUCUGACCACACAAAAGGAUGUCAGAAGUUAGGAGGCCUGGUGAAAGACUCCAACUCAUGGAUGACAAAUGGAUUCUAUAGAAGACAAACCAAAGCGACUUUCGUGGAGUUACUUCAUCAGAGACAUGGUGGUCAGAACUCAGAAUUGCUCAAUACUAUUCUGAAACGUCCAGGGCAGACAUUCAGAUGCAGAAGUUUAUUUCUUAGUUUUGGAACUUUCAUGAUGAGCAGGAUUUUACGAUGGGGCAUCCCUGGAAUCCUAAGUACCUUCUGCAUCUCCUUUGAGUUAUUUUACCAUCAGAUAAAGGAACCUUUCCAUAUAUCAAGAGUUGCCAACGGUGUUAUUGACUAUGUUAAUGCUACAUCAGAUUUUCCGGUAUGCUCUUUCCAAAGGAUGUUGAUCUGUCUUACGGAAAACGAUCUUUCUACCAAGUCUGGAGACAGAGCAAUUUUGUCAACUAGAGGACACUUACCUAGAUUUCACAUUAUUAUCUAUAGAUAUAAGAUGUUGAUGACAAUGAGUCGCUGGAGUGGUGGAGAAGUAGCUGUUCUUAAAGAUGGUUCACUACAUUGGUUUCUGGUGCAGCAUGGAAACAAAAUUGGUGUAGGUUUUACCAGGAUUAAUAGCGCUGAUACAUAUCUAGAGGUUCUUAGUUUACUUCCCUUUAGCUUUUCUGAAGACUCUGAAAACUACUCAGCUUAAGAGUGAGUUAGAAACGACUUACAUUUUCGGAAAAGCUUGCCCUCGUGUGUUCUUAUCGUGGACAGAUGGAAUAGUAUUGGAACUGUAUGUAGACUCUGAAGAUCAGCAUAUUCUAGAGGAAGAACAGAGUCGUUACUUUGGAUCUGCAAGUGCUUUCAAAGAUUCAAGCUUCAGUAGUGUGAAUCUUCUUGGAACGGUACAUGGUGCGGGCCAUUUGUUCUCAGCCAGUGGAUAAGCUUGGACACGAAUAGGAAAAGAUUAUCCUUCACGCUCCAUACCCGUUUACCUAUUAAACAUUAGUUGUAGAAAUCCCCGUCUGCUGUGUCACGUAGCAUUGUAUGGUUGCAUAAAUAUUAUCUAGAAAAGCUGCUCGUUUCUUGGUUUACACAGGUUUUGAUUGUUCUUUUCCUUU